CGGUGUGUGGUUUUGGCGCGCGGUGUCGAUUUGCUUGUCGUAUACGGGCGUGGGCUUGAAUGCUGGGCAGGUGCGGUGUAUGAAGCCCGUGCAAGACUUGGCAGGUGCUUGCCACUUCUGGAAAGCGUUGUGUCAUCCCUCCUUAUUGCAGCCGUUGGUUGUCGGCAGCUAUCGAUGGUCCGAGGCUGGCAGCUGGACAGAGGAAGGUAGCUAGACGGCCACGGAGGUGUGAGGGAGUGGAAUUGGUGGGCUUGGUCUCCCUUUCUUACAUACAUAUGCCUUCAUUAACAUCCUGCAAUGCCUGCAGGGCCUUCCGGUCAGUCGGAGCGAGGAAGAUGAGCAAAAGGAGGAUGAGGAUGAGAAGUUGAUGUCUAGUUUGCUGGAGCCGUGGAAGUGAACUCCAUAGCCAGGCUAUACUUGCGGGGUUUCCAGGAGUGAGACACUCCGUAGGGGAAAGGCUAUGGCUUGACAUGACGCGAUUCGGUUAGACUAGUCUGCGGUUGGUCGGUCGGAGCAACGAAGAUGAAGGAGACGAGAGUGAAAUGUUGAUGUCUAGUUUGGUGUGGAAAGGGGGAAACUCCAUAGCCUGCGCUUAUUUGGGAUAGGGUUGAGAGGGACGAGACGAUGACGGUAGGGGAAAUGCUGUGGUGCUUUGACACGACGCGACUCGGUGAGCUCGUCUGUCGUUGGUUAGCUCACUAAGGUACCAGUACGAUGACGUCCCUACUUCGCAAGCAAGAUGCCAAUUAAGACGGGAUACCUGUGGGGGUGCAGGGCGUGAAGGGGAGGGAGGGGGUCUGAGGGGACGUAACUCUUAUCUCGUCUUCUUUAGUAUGGCGCGAUUAGCAGCUUCAGCGAUGGCUACGGUGGUCAGGGAGCUUGCAGAUGCUUGUGCAUGUGCUGCCAGGCGUGUGCUUCAUCUUCGAUCCCCUGGUUGUGUCACUCCCGCUCCCUCCCGGCGCUUGGCUCGCGCUGCGCCUUCGUGGUUGAUGACGACGCUUCCUCGCCAUCGUCAGUUAUCCUUUGCCAGUGUUCAUCACAACUCUGUUUCAGCUCUAGCGGGAGCCGAGACGGCGAAUACCUCGUCAGGAUCGACGAGUGCAGAAGCGUCGGGGCGAUCGGAGGAUCUCGUCAUCUCGGAGAACUGCAUCCGGCGUAUGCGGGAGAUUCAGGAGGAGGAGAGAGAGGAAGCGGGCGCUGCAGGGGAGGUCAUGCUGCGGCUCAGCGUAGAUGGAGGGGGUUGCUCAGGGUUUCAGUAUUCGUUCUCGCUUGAAAGAGAAUUACAGCCAGACGAUAGAGUGUUCGAGAAGGACGGAGUGAAAGUAGUGGUUGAUAGCGUUUCCCACUCCUUUGUGAAAGGCGCAACGAUAGAUUAUGUGCAAGAACUUGUGCGAUCAUCCUUUCAUGUGGCCAACAAUCCAAAUUCUGCAGCCACUUGUGGCUGUGGAAGCUCCUUUACUGCAAGGUGAUUGAUUGGUGGAUUGAUUGGUGGAUUGAUUGGUAGAUUGAUCGGUUGAGUGGUCGAUCGAUGGAUUGGUUGAUGGGUUGGUUGAUGGAUUGUAUAGCAGUGAGUAUGUGAUAGCAAGUGAUUGAUAGUCAUUCAUACUCCUUUGGAAAAAAUAUUAGGGAUGGUAGAUUAUGUGUGGGAACUCGGCAGAUCGUACCCUUUCAUGUGUGUCCCCAGGAAUCCGAAUUCAAUUCUGCAGGUGCUUGUGCCUGGGGGAGCUUGUUUGCUGCAACGUGAUUGAUUGAUUGAUUGAUUGAUUGACUGACUGAUUGAUUGAUUGAUUGAUCGAUCGAUCGAUUGAUUGAUUGAUUGAUUGAUUGAUUGAUUGACUGACUGAUUGAUUGAUUGAUUGAUCGAUUGAUCGAUUGAUUGAUUGUAUAGCAGGUAGUCACGAUUGUUGAUCAACUGGCUGGUUGGUUGCAGACCAGUGUUUUGUGCAAGGUAAUUGAUUAAUCACAGAUGGCAGAAAAGAGUGAUUGAUUGAUUGAUUGAUUGAUUGAUUGAUUGAUGCCUUGCCUGCCUAUUCCUGUUGACUCUUUGGUCGUGACUUCUGUGCCCACGCUUUGCAGGACAGUGCGACGGAGCUGCUGCCAUUAGGAUGAUGCUAAACGACCAACAGAUGCUGCAUGUUGCAUUUUAUUUUUGCUUUUUCGUUGUAAUAGCCCGAGGGUUAUUGUUUCUGGGAAAGGUGACUUGACAGAGCAGAUUUUGUCUCUUUUGGGCCGGGAAUUUGGCAAAUGGAUAUGCCCACAGAGUUUCGCCUGGGCGGGUAUUCUGCCUUUUCCGUCGUCUAUGGUGUUUUCGGGACUAAAUUACUUUUCAGGGAACAACGGAGACGGCAAAUUGUUUUGGAAAUUAUUAUGCACAGAGAUGGCUGUGUGUUUUUCACAAGGGUGUAGGUGGAAGAAAAGGAAAGAAGGUAUAGGUGCCUUGUAUCUAGUCGCUGGUGCACAUAUGCUUCCCAUGGAAUCAGCACACAGCCAGCAGACUGACCCAAGCCCAUUGGUAAUUCAAACGACUUUUCGCUGAGGGUCUUCUUGAAAUCCCUUACUUAUUUCAAGAUAAAAAUAGAACGCAAAA